AGCUUUAUUAAAAUGACAAAGGAUUUGUCAAAUUCUGGAAUUGAUAUAACAUUUAGUGGAACAAAAUUUUCUUUGGUUUUUGUUUCUGGACCUCAUUUAUGGUGGGCAAAUAUUGGAGAUUCUGGAAUGACAUAGUUAAUUAUUAGAUUUUUAUUGAACAACAAAAUUUUAAUAAGUGGCAUUUCGUGGAGUUGUCCAAUGAUCAUAAACCUGAUUUACCCUCAAAAUUUAAGAGGAUCAUAUCAAAUUGUGGAAGAGUUGAGCCAUAUAUUGCAGAAACUGGAGAAAAAAUAGGUCCAGCAAGAGUUUGGCUAUUGCAUGAAUAAAUUCCAGGAUUAGCUAUGAGCAGGUCUUUUGGAGAUUAUGUUGCUUCAACAGUAGGUGUUAGUUCAGAACCUGAAAUCACACAUUACAAAAUGGAAGCUAAUUAAGCAUUUUUGGUUGUAGCAAGCGAUGGAGUUUGGGAGGUAUUUUCAAAUGAAGAAAUCUAAAAAUUUGUUAUUACUCAUUGGAGUCCUGAUAUGACAGCUAAAAAGAUAGAUGAUAUAUGUGAACUCAUCGUUGGAGAGUCAACUAAAAGAUGGUAAGAAGAAGAUGAAGUUAUUGAUGAGAUAUCUAUUGUUAUUGCAUAUCUCCAAAAAUGA